AUGGAACAACUAGUCAUUCAAGAAACAGAUUACGACGCUAUAAGCUCAAAGAUAGCUUGUAUUAAUAAAAAGUACUUGCCUGAUCCUCAGAUCUUUAGUGUAUACCCUAAUUAUGAAUUAUUGUACAACUCAUAUUUCAACGAAUUGCCUAAAGUUACAAGGAGAUCUUAUAAUAAGAUCAAAAAAUUAAUGAGUUCAAAUAACUACCCGAUAAUGAAUAUAGGUACAUAUUUGAGAACUGUUUCGAUAGAUCAUGUUUUAUCUUUGUAUUUACUACCGAAUUCAGAUAACACAGAAAAAAACAACCAUUUCCAGAUCAUUAAUUUAGGAUGUGGUACAGAUCUAAGAUAUUUUCAGUAUAACCAUAUUUACGAAGAAAGAUUGGAAAGAUACAUAGAUGUGGAUUUUCCGAUGGCAAUAGAAACAAAGGGUCGUGUUUUAAGCAAUCUGAAUAAAAAAAAUCCAUCUCUAUUUGAUUUAAAUGAUAAUGGUGGCAGCACAGAUGGUAAAUACCAGCUAAUGUCAUUUAAUUUAAAUAGAAAUACUGAUGAGUUAAUUAAACAAUUGGAACUGGUAGGUUGUGAUUUCAGUUUGAAAACUAUCAUAAUCACUGAAUGUUGUUUGUGUUAUAUUGAAGAUGCAAAGUCCAUUGAACUUAUAUCCAAACUAAAUUCAGUAUUCAAUGCGAAAACCAACAAUUUACAUUGGGUUAGUUAUGAUCCUAUCGGUGGAACAGAUAAAUUCGGCCAAAUAAUGACCGACAAUUUAUUAUUUCAAAGAAAUUUAAAACUACCUACAUUAUUGACAUAUAACACCAAGGAGAAAUAUUCAAAAAGAUUCAGUUCAAUUAUUAAUAGCGAUAUUUCUAUUAAAAUUGAAGAUAUGUGGGAAAUAUUCCAAACUAAAAUCCCCUUGAAAGAGAAGACUAGAGUGCAAAAAUGUGAAUUUUUAGAUGAAUUAGAAGAAUUAAAAAUUAUUUUAUCACAUUAUGUCAUUUUAUACUUCUAG